AUGAUGGAGAAAUCAGAGUCGACAAGAGCGAAUUCCCCAAAUGGGGAAGUCCGCGUCGUCAAUGUUCGUGCAAGCAGUGGUUCCGACACGGAAGUCCAUGACAACUUGGCAAAACAAGAAGAAAAGAUGUCGCAAAAUGGCACAACGACGCCACCAGCCGCCGAAGUCGUCUACCCCCAUGGCAUGCAGCUCUUUUUGAUCAUGGCAUCAGUCAUGUUGAACCUCUUUCUCGCUGCCUUGGACCAGACCAUUGUUGCCACGGCCAUACCCAGCAUCACCAACGAAUUCCACGGUCUGGAAAAAGUCUCCUGGUACGGUUCCGCAUACUUCAUGACCUUUGCCGGCACCCUCGCCUCCUGGGGCAAGGCCUACCGCUACUUUCCCGUCAAAUGGGGCUACCUCCUGGCGCUCUUCAUCUUUGAGCUGGGCAGCCUCAUUUGCGCCGUGGCGCCCAACGCCAACGCCCUCGUGGCCGGCCGCGCCAUUGCCGGCGUCGGGUGCUCGGGCCUGGGAUCGGGCGCCUUUCUCGCCGUGGCCCUGGCCGCCGAGCCCCGCCGACGCGCCAUGCUCAUGGGCAUCCUCGUGUCAAACUAUGGCAUCGCCGCCGUGUGCGGGCCCCUCAUUGGCGGCGCCUUUACCGCAAACGUCUCGUGGCGCUGGUGCUUUUACAUCAACCUGCCCAUUGGGGCCGUGUCGGCGCUGACGACGCUGUUUUCGUUUCGUCUACCUAUUGAGCCGGUCAAGGCCCCUUUGCGCGAGAAGCUCUCGCAGCUUGACUUUGGCGGAACUAUAAUUCUCAUGGGUGCCGUGAUUAGUUUUAUCCUGGCACUCCAAUAUGGAGGCCAGACCAUGCCGUGGCGCAGCAGCACUGUGAUUGGGCUUCUAGUCGGCUUCGUCGUCAUCUCUAUAGCCUUCUUCGUUUGGGAGAUAUGGCGAGGCGAGCGUGCCAUGAUCGUCCUCAGGCUCUUGAGAAGACGAGUUGUCUGGGUGUCUGGGACUUUUCAGUUCUUCUUUGCGGCGACUUACUUUAUUUCUCUUUAUUACCUCCCAGUCUUCUUCCAGAGUAUAGAAGGCGUCAGUCCAUCCGAGUCGGGUGUGCGCAAUUUACCCUUGGUCUUGACGCUGGGUGUGGCCUCCAUCGCGUCGGGCUUGGUCAUGUCCAAGUUUGGCCACACCAUGCCCGUCAUGGUGGUCGGUGGCUCACUGGCAACCAUUGCCUGUGGCCUGUUCUAUCUGCUCGACGGCAACUCGCCCUCGGGCUACUGGAUCGGUUUCCAAAUUAUUGGCGGUGCGGCUUGGGGCAGUACCUGGCAAUGUGGUGUCGCCACGGUGCAAAGUGCGAGUGACAUGGCCGACUUGCCACUUGUCACCUCUCUUGUAUUAUUAUUCCAAUCACUUGGUGGCACUUUGGGACUCUCUGCUGCCCAGUGUGCCUUUGACAACAAGCUCAUUGAAACCCUGGCCCAGACCGUUCCAGGCAUUGAAGCAAGUGUCGUGCUCGCGACAGGAGUCACAGACAUCAGGGCAUCCUUCGCCCCCGACGAGGUGACCGGGAUCCUCUUGGCAUAUCUCGCCGGACUUAGAGUGGUCUGGGCAAUGUGCAUCAGUUUCGGCGGCUGUGCUGUCUUGCUUUGCUUCUUGGGCCCUUGGAAGAGGCUGCACCAGGGAGGCGCGCCCCAGAAGAGUGCCGAAUCUGGAGAUGAGAAAACUUCGGAUGUUUGA